AUGAGAAUCUUCAUUGCCUUUGAGGAGUCUUGUGAGUUAUUUGACAUCGCUCCUGAUGACACAGUGGCGGCUAUAAAACAGAUGGUCAAGCAUCACAGGCAUGUUUUUAAAUUUAUUUAUUUAUUUAUUUAUUAUUUACCACAAACACCUAUCGCAUUUCCACAGGCGUGCUUCAGUGUGCAGCUGUAUGAUGAUAAACAGGUAAAGCGGUUCCUGGAGCUGAAGUUCGCUGGUGCUGUCCUGCAGGAUGACUGGUGUCUGACAGAUGUGGGCAUCUCCUCAGGUACAACCAUCUGCUGCCAGCUGAAGGAGGUCAGAAAGGCUGUGCUCCAUGUGUUCAGUGCGGUGACGAAGCAGACCCUGCCUAUCAUGGGGACAGAAUGUCUGCUGGCUUCCUCCGUCUCCAAACUUAGAUCCUUGGUGUCCUUGCUACUUGGGCUGCCAAUCAGUGCUUUCACAUUGUCGACCCAGAGUGGGGUUGAGCUUUAUGACUGUAAUCUGCUUUCACACUAUGCUGUUGAAGCUGGAGAUACCCUUUGUCUCGACACUUGGGAUGGCUGGACGGAGCUCUUGAAAGACUCUUUGGAAGGACACGAGAACAAAGUCCAAUGUCAUUUCUCUGAGGAUGAACCAAUUCUAAGGUUUCAGAAACGUUUGGCUCUUUAUGUUGCUGCUGCUCAUGGACACCUUGAAAUGGCCACUUGGCUACUAGAUAAUGGCGUGCAAGCUCAUGAGCCUGUGGGUGUUCACCCUUCCCGUGUGUGGUGCUAUGAAACAGACCACCCUGAAUCCUUAAAAUGCCCUGUACAUGCUGCUGUAGAGGCUGGCCAACUUCUCAUUCUGAAGAUGUUCCUCUGCAGGAACAUAUUAAAUCUAGCCUGUCGAGAUACCAGUAACCGAAACCUGCUUCAGAUUGCUAUAGAACAUCAACACAAAAAAUGUGUAUCUCAUCUUGUGUCCAAACUCUACACUAUGGUCACAUUUCGUGGUUUCGCUCUGUCAACAUGGAUUUAUGUUCAGAUCAAGAUAUGGGUCAUCAAGGCUAAAAGAGGACUUCUUAAGACAUCUGUCACAGCAAAUAGUGGUCCGUUCAGAAGCAGAGUGGAAGACACUUUACUAAUUGAUGGCUUUUCCUUGUCCAGGAUGUCCUCAGUGCUCAGGGGUUCUGUGUUCAAAGGAUGCACGAGGGUCAACAAGUCAUCCUGUGGGUUUCAGGCUCUGACAUCACAGCUCACAGGCUUAUCCUGUCCAUGUCAUCACCCUGCUGUCCUAUCAUCCCAGAAUGCAUCAGAGCGACUACCGCAGCUGCUUCCUCUUGCCCCAAACAAAAGGAGAGGGAAAAAGACUAAGGGGAAUAAGGGAUGUGGCAGGAAAAAGCCAAAGGAAAUCCUGGUGGCUGAAAAUACCGAUCACAAACUAGAUGAAUGGAGCAGCAAAGUUCCCCUGCCCCACACAGUUCGAGAUACUGGUCCCAGACCUCUCUUUAUUCAUAGUAAUCCUAAAUCAGAAAAAAUACUCUGCUCCUCAUUAGAGUCCUUCACACGCCUUUGUGGACGCACUCCAAGACAGAAUGCAAUAUACUGCUUGGCUACUGCCAGUGCCUUUGUCGAGAAGCCCUGGCUACAGCAGUUAGCUGUUGCGCAAACCCUGGCCCGAAGAAGCAUCCAAAAAUUCUGCAAAGUUAACUAA